GUGAUGUUCAACUAGCUUUCACUACCUACUACUUAGUGCAAUAAUAAAAUUCAUUACUAAAACGGAUAUUUAAAUAAUCAAAAAUUGAGAAGUCAAAGAUGUUUUGUUACCAUUGCCCGCCAUCACAAGCUCGCGUACCAACUUUCGAGUAUCCGUUUUCGCCAUCACAGCCUUAUGCUAGUUACUCAUUUCAUCCCGCUGUAAAUGACGAUCAUUUCAUACGACGGAAACAGCGUCGGAAUCGCACAACUUUCACUCUUCAACAGUUGGAGGAACUUGAAACUGCAUUCGCUCAUACUCACUAUCCAGAUGUCUUUACUCGCGAAGAUUUGGCAAUUAAAAUAAAUUUAACGGAAGCACGUGUUCAAGUUUGGUUUCAAAAUAGACGCGCCAAGUGGCGGAAAGCAGAACGAUUGAAGGAUGAAAAAUCCAAUGAUGAAUCAAAUCAAGACUAUAAGUUUGCAGAAAAAGAAUCAGACGGUGGUCCCAAUCAGCGAUCAUUAAAAGUGUACGACGAUAAUUCUAGUUUAGAUUCGUCAUCAAUUAACAAUAAAAAGAGAGAGGAAUGCUUGUCAAAGCAAUCAACUCCUGGAUCUCAAACGGAAGAGCCGUUAUACAGUGACGACAUUGACAUCGAAGACACACCAGCUCCAAGCUCUUUUAAAGUUCACAAGAGUUCGGAAGCGGAAGAAUGUGAAUCCUUUGCCAAUCGUAUGAAGCCGAAAUUCCUCCCGUUCUACAUCCAACCGGGCGCGACUUCAUUUUCGAAUCAUCACCAUCUCGAAGGUCAUCCAAUGUUUUCAUCAUUUCGAGGAUUAUCACUUUGCUCUUGCUGUCCCCCCAAAUCGGAUCUUCUCGGAAAUGCCACAAAAGCUCCGCCGCCCGACUUGUCAGACUUCAAUUUCAACUCGUUGCGCAACUUUCCGCACCAAAAGUCCCAGGAACAUUCGGCGAUUUUCAUGACUUCCUUGCAGGCGAGCACACUGGCGUUACCACGAUUCCACAUAGCUCCGAUAACGGUGCAAUCGGCUCUGAGUUCGCAGAUCAAGAGGUUCGACAAGCUGGGAGAAAGUACCGCAACGCCAACGACGGUGGUGAUGCCGGAGAAAGAAACCACGGAACAUCACACGAAAAAACCGAAAUCGUCUCCAAUUUAA